AUGGCUCCUCCAGCAAUCGAAAAACUCAACCCACCUCCCCUAGCAAAACCUCCAAAAAAGCCAGACCGGAUGUACAGUCAAUACAUUACCAAUCCUACUACGCCUAGAGCAAGGACAAAGCUUCAGACACUCCGGGGUGAUACAGAAAACUUAGAGGCUUGCAAAGCAGUCGAAGACCUGAUUGAAGACAACUCGAGAGAGACUAACUACUCGAAUCUAAAAGAAGCAUUGGAAACACGGGAUGUCGGUGCUCUAAGCACUUACAAAACACUUACUGCACCUGCUACAACCAGUUCUCUCUCACGAGCUGUGAACAAUGGACUUGACAUUGCCCAGCCACCCAUUUCAGACAUUCAAGAAAUUUUUCUUAGUAUCACUCAAAAGGCCAUGGCCCUUGGAUUGAAAGAGGCGAUGGAAGAAUUUGUGGAAGAUGGUGCCGGAAUUCGUAUUGUGACAAUGUGUUCUGGAACCGAAAGUCCAAUCAUUGGAAUGAAUAUGAUUCAACAAUCUAUUCAAUGCCAAGGCGAGGAGCAUUUCAAGAUACGCCAUCUUGGAAGUUGUGAGAUUGAGCCAUACAAACAAGCCUUCAUCGAGCGCAAUUUCGGCCCUCCUGUGCUACUUCGCGAUGUCACUGAGUUCACGGGACACAAAAAUGAUCCCGAUGAUGUUCAGAAGCGCCCACGGACGGCUUAUGGUGCGAUUGCUGAGAUACCGAAGGGAGCCCAUAUCCUGAUCGCUGGCUCAUCGUGUGUAGAUCAUUCUGCACUGAAUAACCAUGCGAACAAGAUAGAUGGCGAAUCUGCUCAGACGCUGCUUGGUGUUGCCGACUAUGCGGACCUGUAUCGCCCUGUACUUGUGUUGCUUGAAAAUGUCGCGGGUGCAGACUGGGAGGAUCAACAUGUGUUCUGGGCGGACCGAGACUACUAUUUCCGAGCCCUGAAGAUUGACAGCAAAAACUUUUACCUACCUCAGACUCGUGAGCGAGGAUACAGUGUGGCAAUCGAUAUGAAGCGUGUGCAAGAGUUCAUCGAAGCUAGCGAUCUCUGCAAUCCUGUUUCAUGCGGCACUGACUGUGAAAACCACGACUCUGAUUUAUGUGGCGUUGACUGUGGAUCCCAACCCUGUAACGGGAUCCGGAACAAACGAGUCAGAUUUUUGUGCGAAAAGUUCUACAAGGAGUGGAGAAAGUGCAUGGAGGAGCUUCAGCAGCGUGCUUCUUCUCCAUAUACUGAUUUCCUUCUCAAGGAAGAUGAUGCCCGCUUGCACGCUGCUAAGGCAAUGACAGAGAACACGAAACCAAGCAAGCAAAACAAUGAUUGGAAGAAAUGUCAAAAGCGCCAUACACGCGCCCGUGCCGAAGAUUUCCUGGGGUCGAAGCGGCCGUUCACGAAUCGAGAAGGAAAUGGGCGCCCUAAGCUGCAUGAACGUUACUGGGGAGACUGGUUCGUCGGUCGCACGAUUCGCGAGCAGGAUGUGGUUGACAUUUCUGUACUUCGAAAUGCAUCCGCGCGAGGUCUGGACACGAGGUUCAAGUCUCGAACUAUCGACAUCACGCAAAAUAUAGACCGCGAUGUGGACAGCCGUGCAUGGGGUCUUGUUGGGUGCGUAACUCCCAGUGGCUGUCUUUUCGAAACUCGAAGAGGUGGGCCGGUUGUUGGACUGGAAGCCCUCGCACUUCAAGGUAUGCCGAUUGAUAACUUGGAUUUGACAAAGGCCUCCCUGAGGCAAAUGCAAGACCUUGCAGGCAACGCUAUGACGACAACAGUCAUCACGAGUUCCAUCUUGAGCGCUUUCAUAGCAAGCUACACAACAUUUGCAUUGCCUCAUACCUCACAUGAAAGCCUCUUUCGAAAGUACACAGAUGACUAUCUGAAUAAAGAUGUCGAAAAGGUCGGCGCCCUCGGAUAUGACUUCGUCGACCCAGAAGAAUUUUCCAAGUUGAAGAAUUCAGAUCACUUGGUCCGUCUGGAAACUCCACCGACUGGAAAUAAAUGGGAAGCGAUCAUUAUUGCUGCGAGAAAGUCCCAACUUCUAUGUCAGUGUGAAAACCUUGGUCAACAUACCAAUGCAGAUAUCAAGUACUGUCGCAAAUGCUCCUACACUUGUUGUGUGGAUUGCAGUACAUGUCCGCACGACGAUUUCGAAACCCUAGUUCUGGAUCAUGGGGACCGUGGAGCGGCCGAUGUUUUCAUUUCCAGCCUCACUCAAUACCUUCCAGGGAUUGUGAAGUUCUCUUAUGAUGACAACCACUUUUCUGCCAUUUCCAAGGCCCUUAAUGACUACAAGGUCAUCGACGUCUUGGAGGAAGCUCUAGAACAUGAACUCCAAUUCCAAGGUGUCAAACACGGAGAAACCUGGAAAGCUGUCUAUGAGUCACAAAAUGCCAGAUUGGAGCUGGAUUUCCCUCGACGAAUGAAAGGAACCCUCAGCCAUUUAGGCGUUCUAGAUGUUCGUCCUACCUGGUGGCUUUUUGCCAAAUGUCCUGCUCAAGCUCCUGUGACGGACAAGAUCCGAACAUUACUUAAACACCCCAUCGCUAAGAUGUGUCCAGGUGAGGACUGUUUCGAGGGUAUAUGGGAGUUCUGGGAUGGCUUCAAUAAAGACAUCGACAUCAAUAUCAAGUCUGUGGGCCCGCUCACGGAAGCCUGGGAAGCUAAAUUGGGACUUCAAGGCAAUUUCUAUCCCAAGCUUAAGAUCUCGAAACGAGUGGAGGUGCAAGCUAUUAGCUCAUCUUACAAUACUGGCAAGGAUACAAAGGCUUUGCAACAACUGGAUGGUACCUACAAACUCCUUGAGAAAUGCCCUGCACCGUACGGGUGGCUCUAUGUUCGAGAAAAGCCAGGAUCAUCUCAAGACAAUUCAGUGUUCUUUUAUCUCAAUGCCUCCCCAAUCGGCGAGCCAGCUGAUGAUAGGAUGGAAUUUGGAACUUGUGCACCCAGCAUUACUUCGACCGAUGAUCGCAAUCUCUUGUUGAGACUUGACGAGCCGUACAUACCCACAGUUAUAGAGUCAACCACAAUACCGAAAUCGACGAAGGUCCAGGGUUCCUUAGCUGGCCGCUGGACAUCAUUUGUGGCCGUGAAGCUAGAGCGCGUUGAUUCAUCCGCCGAAUUACUCAUACAGCCAGAUUCCUCUGCUCACACGCGGUUGGAAAGUUGCGGAAAUUCGUCCUCUACCAUGUUUCUAGUCAAAAUGAAAACUCAGCAGCCACUUCAUAACUUUCCAGAAGGCAAGGCGAUCAAGCUGCAGCUGGAGAACAAGCCCGGAGCGUUGAAAGAUUUCAAAUGGAUUGUCAGCUAUGCAUCAAUGAUCCCUGAACUUGAUAAUUCCUGGCAUCAGAUGAGUAGUUCAGUUCAUGAUGCUCGAUGCUUCACAUGUGUACCAGCACCACCAACUUUAAGUUGGGUCGAACUGGAACUGGAGGAUGAUAAGGAGAAGAAACAGACCAAGCAGAAACUGAUAGAAGAUGCUGCAGAGGCCAAAUGCUACGAACAAGACAUGAAAAAGAGACCGGUGCCUGUUUCAGCCAUCAUCUACUGUGAUGGGAAGGAGCAAUGCUUAUUGGUUCAAGUCGCUGUUUUUGCAUUGAUGCACCGUGCAGCGGCUGAACUGAACUCUAUGGGAGGAGACUUUCUUUGGGAAUGGCGGCUGCGUCGUCUUUCGCCUCUCGCUGCUCGACCAAAGUUCAAAAGCCUCAAAUUCCACAGCAAUGCCAACAUGAACCCGGCGGCUUCAGACCUCGUCCCUCCACUAUGGUCAUCCCAGUUGAAAACUCUGGCAUGGAUGAUGGAGAAAGAGAGAGCGGAGUGUACAUGGAAUGAAGUGGUAUUGAAGGAGACGUGCAUUCCAUCUCUUGGUUGGUGCCUCGAAGCGAAAGCAAGCAGAAAUCCAGGCGUUCGUGGGGGAGUCCUUGCGGAUAAAGUGGGCGCCGGUAAGACGCGGACGACCCUGGAGCUCAUCCGCCAGGACCUUCAAAGACUUAAACAAGACGACCCAAAAUGCUUCCCACAUGGUGGAAUCGGAUCCCAUAUAUCCACUCAAGCCACACUGAUACUUGUACCCAAAAACUUGAUACAGCAGUGGACAGGUGAGAUCAUCAACGUUAUGGGGAAAACCCCCUGCUUGGUUCUCAAUAACGCGGAAGAGCUCGAGGAUGCCACUAUAGACAAGUUCACGUCUGCUGAGAUCAUUCUAGCUUCUCUAACUCUCUUCGAGGACGAAAAGUACUGGGAACAUCACCGCAUGGUCGCUUGUGCCCCCAAUGUACCUGAAAAAGCUGGCCGUGCUUUUGACGAGUACCUCCACGACUCACUGAGCAAUCUCGCCACAAUGAUCGAGAACUCAUCCGAUGGGACAGACGAAGAUGCAUUCUGGAGAGGGUGGAGGGAAGCGAAAAAGAGCAUUGGCGGCUUCAAACGAUUCAGCGGUGUCAAAACUCGUGCUAGCAAGAAGGCUGAAUACAAAAAGGCCCGCAAUACUGCAGCUACCGGAGGUCAAAAAAGAACACUUUCGACAACACAGAGUUCAGCUAACAGUCCUCCGCGGAAGAAGCCCAAGGCUGUAACUGCAGGCCUGAAUGGCCCUGCUCAAGCACCACUAGCUGCAAAUGCAACAACAUCUUCAGUCGCAAGGAAUGAAUGGGUUGUCAUAUCUGACCAGACUUUCGAGAAAGGAGAAAAGGCCGACUUUGACACAGCUGCAGACAUUUUCGAGCAAAAUGGCACAAUUAUUCCAGUGCUUCAUAUGUUCAACUUCCGGCGACUCGUCAUUGACGAAUUUACUUACGUACAGGCAACGUCGUUGGCAGCAUUGCUUAGGAUGAAAGCCACAUCUAGAUGGUUGCUUUCGGGCACACCCCCAGUCCACGACUAUGACGCUGUCAACACGAUUGCGAAGCUCCUCGGAACCAAGCUUUCGGCGGUUGACGAAACGAAUGGUGUCCACGGCUUCGUGAAAGGACCAAAGCGGGAUGCUAAGCUGAAAUCACUGUCUGAAGAAUUCCAGGAGUUUCAAGAUGUUGGUUCGCCCGCAUUCCUCCACCAUCUCUACAGCCGCGCUCAAGAGUUCUCAGACGCAUUCAUCCGCCAAGACGAAAGCUCGCAGGCCAAAAAAGGAAAGACACACAAACUGUGCGAUUUCUCAGGCAACGUCUCUGAACUCCUCGAUUACGCCGAUGUCACACAAAUUCUCGAGACAGAAGACUGCCGCUUCAAUGUGAAACUGGAUGGCAGGAAACUCAAGGAUAUGGCUGAAGAUAAGAUCCGCCAGGCAGUUCGGCAAAGUCGUUCGGGACCUCGUGCGGCCUUGGUAUGCUCCAUGUCAGAUCUGGCAACCAGUCAACAAUUCGCAGGUACUUCUGCAGUACUUGACCCUCAGGCCAUCGUGCGAGCGGAAAAGGACAGCAUUCUGAAGAAUUGCGAUACACUUCUCCGGGAGCUGCAAGAGCUGUGGUACUGCAACGAACAUGCACACGAUACGAAGUCGACACAGUCGUUCACCGCUUUGCUCUCCAAUUUCGAAAACCUCGCGGUACUGGACCUCGACCCGCCUGUGGCGCGUCUAAUUGAUCGCCUUCUCUCAUAUGCCAAAUCCAAUCCACAAAUGCCGGCGUCCACCUUGCAACUACCCAAGAAUGUACCAAAGGCAGCGAAAGUCCUGAAGCAAACGCAUCAAGAUCGCAUGAAACAAGCCAAGAUUGACCAGGAUGCUUUCAAGCAGUUGGCCCCCUUCUAUCAAGCAAAAGAAAUGGACGAACGCACCACCAAAGCCGAGAGAUUGAUUGAAGCAAUCGUGGCUGGAUUCCGACGCGUGCGAUUUGUUGAGUUCGCUGUCGCCGUCAAUCGAGGAGAGGAGCUUGGAACCUGCUCUGGUUGCAACAGCAAUGUGGGCGCGAUUGACAGUGUCGAAGUUUCUGGCGGAUGUGGACAUAUUCUCACUUGUCCUCAGUGCCCUAUACAUACGCAUGCACAAGAUGACUGCGUCGAUAAAUACUGCUCUGCAUCUGUGGGGCAUAUUUGGCCUUCACGUUUCUUCUCUACAGAUGUUGUUGCUGCCAGGCCGGUCACCAAUGUCAGCAGAAUGCAGAAAGCGAUAGAAAUCAUCGAGGCUAUCCCAGGUGGGGAAUUCGCCCUUGUCUUUGUGCAGUUUGCCAACAUGGCAGAGCAAUUUACGGAAGCCUGCGAUAAUGCUGGGGUCGCUUACGCAGACGCUACGAGCAGUAAGAAAGCGUCUAGAACGAUUGAGGCAUUCAAAGAGGCGGUUCGAAAGGGGAGGAGAGGAGCGGCGAAAGUCCUCCUGCUCCAAAUCGACUCAGAAGAUGCGGCGGGAUGGAAUUUGCAAUGUGCAAACCAUGUGGUCUUCCUGGCGCCGUUCGUGGGGGAAACGGAGGAAGAGGAGUGGGACACCAUGGUGCAGGCCGUGGGACGGGCGCAUCGCCCGGGGCAAGGGAAGUGGGUGGUGGUCUACCACAUUCAUGGGGUAGACACCAUAGAGGCAGAGAUGGCCGAAAAGGUCAAGGGGCGAUUCGAGGACGAGGUUUAG